UUUCCCAUGUUCCUCACGGGACCACGCUGGAGCGUCAUUCAUGUCAUCUUAUCACGCAAGGGAAAAGUCGUCUGCGCAUUCACAUGUCAACUCGGCCAAAAUACUCGGAACGCCCUUCAGAUUUGCGACUAUUCAACUGAAAACAAGACCACAAGAUGAAAAAAGCAAACUCUGUCGUCGCUCUUCGAUCGCUGGCUGAUGUUUUUUCUUUUGUUGCUUCGCUCGAAAAACUCACCCCGGGGAAAAAUUAUUGGCGGCAAGGGAAAAGAAAAAAAAAAAGGACACCAGAUAUUUACUUUAACGUUGUAAUUCCCCCCGGAUUGUCAGAUGGGUCAGCACUGCUACAUUUUUCAACUCUUCCGGAACUUGGUCGUUUUCUCGUCACUACCUAGUCAGCUGUUCGCCUUAUUUGCGUCUCUUGUUGCGUCUUCUUCAACUCCUUCUACAC